CAUACAGUCAUUUUCUGUAUAUAGAUAUAGUCAAUAGGCAAAAUAUCGGUGUCUAACAUGAUUCCAAUCAUUACGCUCAGGGUGACAUUGAUCUUAAUGGUUACAUUGACUGAACUGUAUGCAAAAGAAACUACUCACGACUUUGUCAGUAAAUACAACAAGUACAACAUCAUCUGUCGAGGAAUGGGAUACGAAAGAAAAAGUUGCAAUGGAAGAAAGAAUGGAGCUAUUGCUUUUCAUACACAAUUGGCCUCCAGUCUAAAAAAUCUCUCUAUCCGUGAUGUGGUUCUAUUUCGCAAAGUAUCACUAAACUCUGGAUCCGGCUAUAACAAUGACACAGGAAAAUUCACAGCACCAACAGAUGGCACCUACUACUUCACAUGGACUAUGGAGACGUCUUCUGGGUCAUAUUUUAUGACACAACUGGUAAUAAAUGGAAACAUGGUUCGUUUGCUUGAUAGAUCAAGGGCUAAGUCAGCCUCAACAUCAGCCCUGAUUAAAAUGAAGAAGAAUGACAAGGUCUGGAUAAGGACACCAUCGGGUGGGAAUUGUGCAUGCUACAAUUCGUCAUUCUCUGGUUUUCAAUUGUAAAAAUGAUAAUUCUAGGGGUAAAUAAAGGAAUCAAACAUCUU